AUGUAUCAAAACACUUUGAAUACGUCAACUGAAAUCAUCACAGCAAGUGUCGUACCAUGGAUUUCAUCAACUGGAUCAAUUAACAACACACUGUUUGAGUCAUUUUGCAAGAUGCGAGUGGCUGAACAAUGGAAUGUUUGCAUCAACCAAAUCAAUGCCAACCAAAUGCUGUUAGCUAAUUGGACUUACACAUGCCCGAAAAUCAAGCUGUUUUAACCAAUCAAUUUUCUUGACCGGAAAUACGAACAUAACUUAAACACUGGUGAAUUUGAGUCGUGUAAGAUCCAGGUUGUAUACGAUUAUUUAUUUGUCAG